AUGGUGUCCCUGAUUUGCACUUUACAAGACCACCGAGAUGACGUCAACUGGUGCGCCUUCUCCGCACAGCUUUUAGCCACAUGUUCCGGUGACAAGACCGUGCGAGUUUACAACACUCGGGACUUCUCAGAGCUAGCCUUCUCACCGCUGGAAGGACAUGGUUACAGCGCCCACUGCUGCUGCUUCAGCCCCUGUGGACAGUUCCUCGCCUCGUGCUCAACGGACGCCACCACACUGGUGUGGUCCAUGACCACCGGAGAGAUUGAGGCUGUCCUGGAACAUCCUGGACGCAGUCCUGUCAGGAUCUGCGUGCUCUCACCAGACUCCACCCAUUUGGUCUCGGGUGCGUCGGAUGGUUCUUUGGCACUCUGGGAUUUUCCGUCAAAGCAGCUCCGCAGGACUGGCUGCGUCAGUGACACAACAAUGGUUGCAUGCUCAUUCAGCCCAUGCAGCCAGAUGUUUGUCACUGGCUCCACCUACGGAGACCUGCGUGUGUGGGAUCUAAACAUGACCCAGCUCCAUGCGGAGAAGAAUGCCCACGACCUCGGGGUCACUUGCUGCACCUUUGCUCCGGAUAUUCUCAGCGACAGUCAAGUUGUGCAGUUCCACUUGGCCUCAAGUGGACAGGACAGUCACGUAAAGAUCUGGGCCGUUAACAAGCCAAGUUCUGGAGUGGUUAAGAUGCAACUGCUGCACACAUUGACUGGCCAGUCGGCUCCAGUCCUCACAUGCGCCUACUCUUCAGAUGGACAACUGCUUGUGUCAGGCUCCGUGGACAAAACAGUGACAAUCUAUGACGCAAAAAAUGCAGUUUUGCUUUACACAUUGAAUCAACAUGAGAGGUAUGUGACUGCGUGUUCCUUCUCUCCAACUUCACCGCUGAUUGCCACAGGAUCCAUGGAUAAGACCGUGAACAUUUGGAAGGUGGAAGAUGGAUGCAGUGGCUAUGCUGGGAAGUCAUUGCCUGAUGACUCUACUGUGACAUCAUGUCCAGCGUCGACGUCUGCUAGCCGGUCCAAGCUGCUGGUCAGCGAUUGGUCAGAGGAGGACGUGUCUGUAUGGCUUUUAGAGGAAGGACUAGAUGGAUUGGUGGACACUUUCAAGACCAACAACAUUGACGGGACUGAGCUGCUUGCGCUUACCAAGGAGACGCUGCUGUCAGAACUGCACAUAGAGUCAGUGGGCCAACGCAGCAAGGUCCUGAGGAAGGUGGAGGAGCUGAAGAAUGCGUCAGUGUGUUCAGGCGUUCCUGAUGAGUUCCUGUGUCCGAUCACCAGGGAGCUGAUGAGAGAACCUGUCCUCGCUGCUGAUGGUUACUCUUAUGAAAGAGAGGCCAUCACGAUGUGGAUCAACACCAAGAACCGCUCCAGUCCCAUGACAAAUCUGCCGCUACUGACAACUCUGCUCACUCCGAAUCACACGCUGAAGAUGGCCAUUGCUCGCUGGAGGACAAGCCAAUAA